AUGCGAAUUCCCAUUCGGAUCCAACUGGGCAGCCUGCUAUUGAUCUCCUCGCUCAUUGGACUCGCCGUCAUAUCUCUUGCAACGUGGGUUACCGUUCACGACUUCGUCCUCUCCCUUCGAGCCCAACGCUUGUCUCUUGUCGCUUCGCUCAAAGCCGCUCAACUCGCUUCGAAUAUCGAUGUCAUGCAGACGUCUGCCAGCUUCGUCGCGUCAAGGGUUAUUAUCCAAAAUGCGCUGACUCUGUACUAUCCGAAUCGUAAUACCUCGAAUAGCGCCUGGACCAACGCACAACCAGAUCUGCAGGCCGCUGUGGGCCCACAGAGGUCUGUGGGUCAAGAGCUUAUGAUACAAGCGAUAGUCUAUAACAAGGAUGGCACGGGGGUUGGGGACGGACUGCCUGGCCUCUUUCGUGCGACAGCCGACUAUGCGAGCGAGAUUGUUCUGCCCUUCAAGUAUCCCAACGGAACACCAGUUCACCUUGGGGCGAACGAUACGUUUGGCUAUCCUCCACCACUCUAUCCGAACCUGACCUAUCUCAACCCACCAAGCAAUGCCGGCCCGGACGUACCCAUCGUGUCUUAUCAAGGCGUGAACCUGCGGUCCGACUCCACACUGAUACUUGGUCCUUGGAUGGUCAAUCAAACGUUUUCUUUAUUGUCCCUGACCCUCCCAAUCGUGAGCAACGACCAUGACCAGGAUGUGAUAGGCUGGAUAACGGCUGUCAUGGACAGUCGGCUGAUUCGUGCAGUCAUGGACUCGACUGACGGCCUGGGAGACAGUGGCGAAACAAUCCUGCUUGGUCCUGCUGCAAGCUCCAACAAGUUUCCAAGCAACAUCACCAGCGCUGCGGCACACAACGAGACUCCACAGUAUGAGGUGCGGUUCGUUCUGCCACUGCGAACGGGUGAGACAAGCAGGGAACGCCAUCCUGAUCAUGUCGUCGGGGCGUCUAAUGGGCCGUUCGACGCGAGUGAUUACCCGACGAUCUAUAAGGCACUGGCCGAAGCGGAUGGAAACGCCUCCGCCAGCAUGGGAUCGAACGUUCGGGCGAAGGACGAAGCUGGAGAGCCCGUAAGUGUUCCUCGAUUGAAUCGUUUCCAUGCGGCAGGGACUGCUGGCCAAUACGGAUUCAUACUUACUGAUAGUAGGUGAGUGUCGGUUAUGCAAUGGCCCAUACUGACGCGGUUGACUGGAUCGUCCUGGUUGAGCAAAGUCGGCAGGAAGUAUGGUCACCGAUUAACAGGCUUCGCGUUGUCAUACUGGCUUGUCUAUUUGCGACGGCAGUAUUUAUGGCGGUCGUUUCAUACCCACUGGCGCAUUUUGCAAGCUUGCCAAUCUUGAGACUACAGCGGGCGACAGCACGGUCAAUCGAGCCUCCGAGUAGCACUAGCCGCUCUAGCCUCGAUUCUCUCGAUGGCCACGCCGACGGAACAGACGACGCGGAUGAGCCUGACCCGGUCGAGGCUCGCAAGGAAGGCUUCCGGAAUCCCGUGCUGCGAUGGAAGAGCAAACGGGAAAAGCACGCCCAAACGCGUCGUGCCGAGCGAGCAAAGCGUGCGUUCCGCAUCCCUGGAAAGGUCAAGGAGCAGAAGCACUGCAUCAAAGAUGAGCUUUCAGACCUCACUCGGACUUUCAACGAAAUGAGCGACGAGCUCAUGAUGCAGUAUUCGAAAUUAGAAGACAGAGUGCAGCAGCGGACGGCCGAGUUGGAGCUCAGCAAGAAAGCCGCAGAAGCAGCCAAUGAGAGCAAGACGCUCUUUAUUGCCAACAUAUCGCACGAGCUCAAAACUCCCCUUAACGGCAUUCUCGGCAUGUGUGCUGUAUGCAUGCAAGAGAAUGAUCCGCUACGGCUUAAGCGAUCCCUGGGAAUCAUCUACAAGAGUGGUGAUUUGUUACUGAACCUUUUGACAGACCUGUUGACGUUCUCCAAGAAUCAAGUAGGGCAGUCUUUGAGCCUGGACGAGAAAGAUUUCCGGUUACAUGACAUCAGCACCCAGAUUAAGAGCAUUUUCGAGAAGCAAGCGAAAGAAGGGCAGAUCGAACUACGGGUGGUAUAUGAGGGAGUACAGCACUUGGGAGACGGGAAUUUGCCCGAGUUGACACAAGACGGACCUGCCGGUACUGGCAGGAUGAAGGACAUGGUUCUCUGGGGAGACGUGCACCGCAUUCUCCAGAUUUUGAUCAAUCUUGUGAGCAAUGCCCUCAAAUUCACGCCCAGAGGUGGAUCGGUCGUCUUGACCAUACGGUGUCUUCCUGAAGUGCCGGAAGACAUGAGCGGGAAGACCUCGUUAAACUCAAGACGAUCUCGACAACCGUCAUCUCGUCAUAGAACGUCAGAAAGCACGCUUUCGAUUGCGAAGAUGAGCACGGCCAAUGCUAUCAACAUUAAAGACAAGCCGCACGCGCUCGCGUAUGUCAAUACGCACGAGCGAGAUCCCUCGCCGCCACCGGGCAGAUACCUUUACUUUGAACUCGAAGUCACUGACACGGGACCUGGUAUUCCUGAGCCCUUGCAGGAAAGGAUUUUCGAACCCUUCGUGCAAGGUGAUCUGGGUCUGAGUAAGAAAUUUGGCGGUACUGGCUUGGGGCUGAGCAUCUGCUCGCAAUUGGCGCAUCUGAUGCGUGGCACCAUUGGUGUACGCAGUACAAUCGGAGUUGGGAGUACUUUCAUGGUGAAGAUACCACUGCGACUUGUGCAUGCACGGAUGGACAGUUCCGCUAGCUUCGGAAUGGAUAAUUUCGACAAUGUCAGUCGCAGUUCUUCGGUGGAUAGUUUCCGUUCAGGAACUCCGAGCGUUGCUGCCGAGCGCGCGGGCAUGCAGGCCUCGACAACAGAGGCACACCAUCCUUCCAGAGCUGGAGUGGGUGGCACCAACAUUAACAGUGAUUCCCAGCCUCGACUUGUUGGACUCAGCCAACCUUUCUUUGCGGCCAGCCAGCCAUUGGAGUCGCCGACCUCUCAACCGGCGGCAAUGAAGCAGAUCAGCGCUGAAGCAACCAGAAGCGGCAAGUUGCGAGUGCUUGUUGCAGAGGACAACAAGGUCAAUCAAGAGGUUGUUCUGCGCAUGUUGAAGCUGGAGGAUAUAUACGACGUCACGGUUGCGAAAGAUGGACAAGAAGCACUCGACAUGGUCAAGGCGUCCAUGAGUGGCGAGGAUUCUCAACCAUUCAACUUGAUCUUCAUGGACGUUCAAAUGCCGAACGUUGAUGGUCUGCAGAGCACAAGACUCAUUCGUGAGAUUGGGUACCGGGCCCCGAUUGUGGCUUUGACGGCGUUUGCGGAGGAGAGUAAUAUCAAGGACUGCCUUGAUUCCGGCAUGAACUCCUUCCUGUAAGUUGACUGAGUCGUGACUCGAUGUUGCUCGUGCUGACGCUGUUUGCAGCUCCAAACCUAUUCGAAGACCGCAGCUCAAAAAGGUGCUAAGGGAAUAUUGCGCGCCGAUACCGGAGGAAAACGAGGACGUCGUUCCUGAGGAGCGAAGAGGCAGCAAUGGUGUGAACACGACCCUUGUGAUCAGCUCUGCCUCAAGACCGACCAAUGUCGCCAACCUUCCAGGUGCAUCUGGGACAGUCUUCAGCCAGCAGGUCAAUUCGGCGGCGGACCAAUCUCCGGGGAAUGCACCUGACUCGCGAUCGGUAUCGCCGCGAUGUGUUUCAUGA